GCGUGUGGAUGCGAGCGUGCCAGCGCGCGCGCGCUCUUUAUCUGGAUCUGCUCCACGGCUCCUCGCGGGCCACGUCACGUCACGGAGGGGGGAAGCGGCGGAUUCCUGAGCGCUCUCCGCUCGACUUUCCCGAGAUCACAUCCUCAGACCCACGUCCACAGCGGAGCGAGACGAGACGCCGCGCUUUCCUCCUCCAGCACACUCGGUCGGCUCUUCUCACGAAAAAACGAUGUUUCGGUGUUUACCCGUGUUUUUCCUCCUGGCUGUAGUCUGCUGUCACGCCGAGCAGGAGGCUCAGAGCAAAUCAAAGGUGUGCGCUAAUGUGUUCUGCGGUGCUGGGAGAGAGUGCGCCGUGAAUGAGAAAGGAGAGCCCAGCUGCAUGUGCAUUGAGGAAUGCAAGCCUCACAAGCGCUCGGUGUGUGGCAGCAAUGGAAAAACCUACCGCAAUCACUGCGAGAUGCACCGCGACGCCUGCCUCACCGGACUCAAGAUCCAGGUAGCCCACGACGGACACUGCAAAGAGAAGAAGCAGGAGAAAGCCGCGGCCAGCCCAGUGGUGUGUUACGUUGCCGACCGUAAUGAGCUGCGCAGACGCGUGAUCGACUGGCUGCAGACCGAGGUCGUUCCAGAUGGCUGGUUCGCGAAGGGCUCCAACUUCACCGACAUCCUCCUCAAGUACUUCAAGAAUUAUGAUAAUGGAGACUCUCAGAUGGAUUCUGCAGAGCUGCUCAAGUUCAUUCAGCACAAUGAAACAGCGGUUCAGAUGAACUCUUACGCUGAGGAGGAGAACAACCGCCUGCUCAGGAGCCUUUGCGUGGACGCACUUAUUGAGCUCUCGGAUGAGAACGCUGACUGGAAGCUGAGCUUUGAUGAGUUCCUCAACUGCCUAAAACCAGGCUUCAACCCUCCUGAGAAGAAGUGUGCUCUGGAAGAUGAGACCUACGAGGAUGGAGCCGAGACACAGGUGGAGUGCAACCUCUGCGUCUGCGCAUGUGGGAACUGGGUCUGCACCGCCAUGACUUGCGAUGAGAAAACUCCAGUUAUCGACAGUGAUGGGGAUCAGGAGAUGACCGAAGAGGAAUGGACCCGCCGUGUGGCUGAACUCAACAAGCAUCAGGAGACCGUGGAGAAGAUGAAGACCAGUACAAAGGAGGUCUAAAACAGGACCGAGACUCGAGGAGGGAGAUGAUGACGUGGAUGAAUUCCUCUCCUACUGAUCACAAUCAGGAUUCCUGAGAUUAUGUACUGUUAAUGGAAGAAUCACACCAUUUUCUAUAGAUAGGUUAUUACUUUUUUUGCUAUCCGUACCGCAUCUAUUCUCUGGUUAAUGUGUUUUAUGUUACCGUUUACUUUUCUACAUAUUUCGUUAGCUAUGUUUGUUCUUCUGUGUGUCUUCGAGUGCUGUAAUUUGUUUGAUCGUGUCACUCCAAACAGGCCUCGGCACUUCGUAAAAGGGGGCCCUCGCUUUAUUCACUAUUGUUUGAUUUUAUGUAUUAUUCUUUAUACCAUUUAUUUGUUCGUCUAUCUACAGUUAUAUGUGGAAAUAUGUUAUUUUUGUUUAAUUAAGAGACAAUGGCAAUAGAAGAAGAACAAAAGAUCAGGAAAGGGUUUGAGAGCGAUGCUAAGAGAGCAAGACAACACGGGUUCAUCCAUCAAACUGUGACUUCAGAGCUUCAGGACGAGAGAUAUCCUCCAGUCAGACGGCAGAUAACCCUGCCAGCAGGAGCUUGAUGGAUGCAAGUGAAGCUCUCUUUCGCUCUCAUCUUGAAGGCAGUCAUAGUCUUGAGACCUUUCGUAAAGGUGCUAAUGUUAGUUUUCCUCUGUUUGCCGCUUCGCUCUCUUGCUUUAGACGCUAGAUAACGCUCGAUAGGAUAAACGGCGCUCGAAGCAGAGACAGCGUGGCUCGGUGGAGAGAGCAGGCAAUACCUUUUGAAUUUAACAUCAUUUUGGGAAAACAAACCCGCGGUGUUGUUAUUACUUGACAAACGUGCUUUUUCUGCCGACAGCGAUAAUCUCCAUUAAAACCGCUGCAUAGAUGCUUUGGCUACGCUUGAGCUUGUAUUUAUAUUAGUUGCUAGAGGCAGUUCAUGCUGAAACUCUCACGCUGCGCUCAGUCCCGCCAAAAAUGAACUAACAAGCCAGAUUUACAAGAAGUAAAGGGACCGAGCACAGAGGGAGCGAUCUGAAACCAAAGCCUGAUGUUUAGGAUGUUUAAAUUGUUGUACGAAAACCUCCAGGUGUACCACUACUCUGGACCCAGCAACUACUUUAUACCUUUUACGUAAAAUAACUGUCAGAAUAAGGAUUAGAUUCGCUGUUGCCUCUGUAGUGUAGUUGCAUUCUUACCCACUUUAGAGAAUAUGUGUGCAAAAUGCAUUUGUGUGUGAGUGUGUGUGUGUGUGUUUGUUGAAUUUCCAUUCAAUUCCACUAACAGUAUGGAUCCUUUGUGGUAAUGAGUGCCUUAUAUACACAAACAGUGUGCCAUGGAUGAAGUGGCUUCUUCUGUAGGUACACACCACCUAAUAUAGGACACAGUGCACAUGAAUUUUCCAGUAUUACGGUAGACGACUAGCAAUCGCCUUUUAUACGUCUGUAUGAUUGUCUUAUUCAAUGGGGCAGAAUUAAAACAUUUUAUUGUAAAAACUCUUGUUCCGUGUUAUUCGUAUCAACUGCUCUGAUGAUUAUUUGAAAUGUAAUUAUGUGCUGAUGAUUGCAUAAUAAUAAUAAAAAAAUAAAAGGUACGACCGUU